AAAAAAAAAGUUUAGCUUUCAACCCAAAACUCAGCGGGAAACGGCGAGCAGGGCGACGAAUCCUAAGCCCGCAGUCUAUAGUUUGGUUGGCUGCUGCACAUAUCAAACGGAUCCGUUUCCCGGAGCAGCGGAGAAGUCACAAUUCGGUGGCAUGAAUCCAUCACCAUCGAACACCCGAAGCAACGGCUCCGCAGAAGAGAAUUCCAGCAACGAAGAUAAACCCUUCUUUGAUGUUUACGGGCCCCAGGGCAAAGCAGAAGUCAGUUUCAAGCAACCCCAAGCAAACUCAACAUUGAAUUUGCAAGAAGUGCAAGGGCUUGCCACCUGGGUGCUUGCUGAAGGCUUCAUGCCAUCAUGGAUUUUUAUCAAAAACAAGCCUUUGAUUCCUAAAGUGGUUAUGCUGUAUGUGCCUGGCCUUGAUGCUGCACUUUACUUGUCACAGUCUAAAGUUCUCAAAAGCUUUAAACAAUGCUGUGGCAUUCCAAGAGCUGUAUUAGCUCUCAGCUGUGUAUCAGAUGGAACACAGACUAUAGAUGCACUUCUUACCUACAAAACGAAAAGAAAACGGGACGAUGCUGAUCACUUCUCAAAAACGAUUGCUCAAACAUCUGAACCAGGUUGUACCACUUCUGGCUUGGAGAUUACGUCCUUUUGUGACCUUAAGAAAAACAUACCAUUCCCGGUUACAUAUUAUACACUUACUGCUAAGGAACUGGAAGAUAAUCAAUACUGUUAUGAUAAUCCAGAGUAUCUUUCAACGCUCCCUGUUCCUUCAGGAACUCCCCCAUAUGAGAUUUUAGCACUUGAUUGUGAGAUGUGUAUCACAAAAGAUGGAUUUGAGCUCACCAGAGUUACACUAGUAGAUUUUAAAGGGCAGGUUGUAUUAGAUAAAUUGGUUAGGCCACUGAAUGAGAUUACUGAUUACAAUACAAGGUACAGUGGGAUAACGUUUGAGAUGCUAGAUGGGGUGACUACUACUCUUAAAGAUAUUCAGGAGGAUUUUCUACAACUGGUAUAUAAAGAGACUGUUCUGGUUGGGCACUCAUUAGAGAAUGAUUUAUCAGCUCUAAAGAUCAUUCACGAUUUGGUUAUUGACACAGCUGUGUUGUACAAACACCCAAAAGGAAGUUCUUACAAAACCGCACUUCGUGUUCUGACCCGGAAAUUUCUUGGAAAGGAGAUCCAAGAUUCUGGAAAUGGGCAUGAUAGCAUUGAAGAUGCAAGAGCUACAAUGGAGCUGGCAUUGUUGAAGAUUCAAAAUGGACCUGAUUUUGGUUCGCCACGGUCACUUUUUAUGCGGAAGAAACUCCUCACCGUGUUGAGUGACUCGGGGAAAACCUCCUCCAUAAUUGAUAAUAUAUCCAUAGUGAAGAGGUAUGCCUCUGAGUCAUCCCAUUCAAUUGCAGUGUCAUCUGAUGAUGAAGCUCUUUCAAAAGCAAAUAAAGAGGCGAGAAAUAACAAGGUGCAUUUUAUUUGGACCCAAUUUUCAGAAUUGUAUUCCUUCUUCAAGAAGGAAGCAGAUGACGCCGAUAAGUUAAAUAGAAAGUUAGCACAGAUGAUAGCAAUGCAAACAUGUGAGAGGAAGCCGUCAAACAAAAAGGGCAUCAAGUAUGACAUAACACCAGAAUUGAAGAACAUUCUUAAUCGCAUGGAUGGCAGGGUUAAAAACCUGUAUUCCAAUCUACCUCAGAACAGCAUGCUUGUUAUCUGCACCGGUCAUGGAGACACUGCAAUUGUUCAACGAGUGAGGAAGAUGCUGUUGGAACAAACUGAAUCUGCGAUGAACAGGCAGGAGCUUGUUAAAAUCUUGGAGGACUUGCAGGCCCAGGCUGAGGUGGGCUUGUGCUUUGUGGGUGUCAAACAUUGAUUAGGGGCACAAAUGACUGCGGGCGCAUUGUAUGUAUGGUAAGCAUGGGCAAGCCCUCAUUUUGGAUUAGCAUUUGAACCUCCACUGCCUAGUCAUAGGCAAUUUUUGUUGUGGUUAAGUUGCUUCACACGGCAACAACAUUCUCAAGCAAGCAAAACUUGGCCCUAAACGGUUGUGUUGGCGGUCCCAUAACUUCCUUAGCUGCUCAUGAUGCUUCUCGAGAUGUAGCUCUCGUGUCGUGAAUCACAUUCGCCUCGAAGAAGCUAGAAUGUGAAAAUGUGAGGCAAGAGAGUGCUAUAACUUGAUUGUAAGGAAGACAUUCAUAGCAUGGUUUGAGUUUAGUGUAUUAGUUUUGACACUUUUGGUUAAGGUUUCUUUAAAUAACUGUCCAAAAAAACUUUUGACUCCAUC